AGAAUGGGUCAUUCUGAUUCACAAGACAGAUAUGGAGUUCUAAACAAACAGAAGUCUCAUCUUAAUUUGCCAUGAUUAGAGAAACUCUCAUCUUUGUUUUCCUGCUAGUCUCCCAAAGUUGCAAUGCUUUUGAAACAAACCGCUGUGCGCCUUCAGCAUGCGGCAAUAUCCGGAACAUUAGCUACCCUUUCAGACUGGAAACUGAUUCAAUCAACUGCGGAGACCAUAGAUAUAACCUUUCCUGUGAAAAUAAUUCGACGGUGUUGAAUCUAUAUGGAGGAAAAUACUAUGUCCAGGCCAUCAAUUACCAUAACUUUACGAUCCGACUGGUGGAUGCUGGCGUCCGUCAACAUGAUUGUUCUUCCAUUCCUCGUUUUCCUUUGUCUCAUUACCACUUCAGACAGGGAGAUCCAUACUGGAGUGACGAAGGAUUGGGUUAUUCUUCUUUAUCGGGGAGUAUCCUGUUCCUCAAGUGCCAAAAUCCAGUGAAUUUUUCUCUCUAUCCAUAUAUGGACGCUGCACCUUGCAUCAGUACUGGACUCAAGUAUUCAUAUGUGAUGGUUAUACGAAGCCCAUGGGUAUCUAAUCUGAUGGACUUGUGCAGCGUGGAGAUGAUGACUUUAAUUCCAUCAGCAGCAUUGGAUUAUUAUUCAUAUUACGGACAGAAGAAUGUUUCCUUUAAUGAAAUUCACAAAUAUCUGGCGUUUGGGUUCGAGAUUUCAUGGUUCGAUAGCCUCUACUGUGUUAAUUGUACAUAUGGCUGCUACCUGGAGAACAACACCAACCGUGUUCAUUGCAGAACAUGGAAAAGUAAGAUUGACAUAGGAUAUAGACUCCGAGUUGCUGUCUAUUAUUGGCUCCCAAUGAACAUCUUGCCUAAUGUUGGAAAAUUUUGUGCUCUAAGAACUACAUUUGGGGCUCUGUUUAUAGCUGCAUUUCUUAAGUACAAAUGGCAAAGAAGGCACCUAUCGGGAUAUGAUGCAAUUGAAGAAUUCUUACAGAACCACAAUAACCUUAUGCCAAUAAGAUAUUCUCACUCAGACAUUAAGAAGAUUACUGGAAGUUUUAAGGAAAAGUUAGGAGAAGGAGGUUUUGGUUGUGUAUAUAAAGGAAAGCUUCGAAGCGGUAAAGUUGCUGCAAUAAAGAUAUUGAAUAGCUCUAAAGCUAAUGGACAAGAUUUUAUCAAUGAGGUUGCUACUAUUGGAAGGAUUCACCAUGCUAAUGUUGUACAAUUAAUUGGCUUUUGUUUCGAGAGAUCAAAGCAAGCUCUUAUAUAUGAAUUCAUGCCUAAUGGGUCUCUUAAUAAUUACAUAGGUCGUCAAGAAGGAUCGAUUUCUCUAAGUUGGGAAAAACUUUAUGAGAUUUCUCUUGGAGUGGCCCAUGGCAUUGAAUAUCUACACGAAGGUUGUGAUAUGCAAAUCCUUCAUUUUGAUAUCAAACCUCACAAUGUUCUCCUUGAUGAAAAUUUCAAACCAAAGAUUUCAGAUUUUGGGCUCGCUAAAUUUUAUCCAACCAAAGGGAACAUUGCAUCUCUUACAGCUGUGAGGGGAACGAUGGGAUACAUGGCACCAGAAUUCUUCUAUAAAAAUAUUGGACGUGUCUCAUAUAAAGCAGAUGUAUAUAGCUUUGGAAUGUUGAUACUAGAAAUGGCAGACAAAAGGAAGAAUGUAAAUUCACAUGCUGAACAUUUAAGUGAAGUUCACUAUCCGUUUUGGGUACAUGACCAACUGUCUAAUGGAAAAUUACCGAUAGAAGAUAUAACAGAGGGGGAAAAUGUAAUAGCUAGAAAAAUAAUUUUGACAGGAUUAUGGUGUGUACAAAUGCAACCUUGUGAUCGUCCUCCCAUGAAAAAGGUUAUAGAGAUGCUUGAAGGAGACUUGGAAAGCCUACAAUUGCCUCCGAGGCCUAUUCUAUUUCCUGCAACCCCAGUGACCAUGGAUAGAGGAGAAUUAUCAUCAGAGUUAGGAUCAAGUAGCUUGAUUGAAAAUUCAAGUUAAGUGACUUGAUACGCAAUAUCCCACUACUUAUUUGACGGUUUGUUCUUCAAGUUUUUUCACUUUAAAAUACUCUAAAGACUUAAUUAGUUAAUGACUUGAUCAUAAUUAAUUUAUAGUGAAUGUAUGUGUGUUUAACUUAAGAGUGUAAGCUGCCUUAUUCAUAUUUGUGGCUAUUAAUUUCAAUGUGAACAAUGCCAUAUAGGUGAGUAAGACAAGAAUAAGACAGUAGAGUUUACCAAGUUUAGAUGUGUAUAAAUGCAUUCAGUCGAUUCAAUUGAUAAUGAGCAUCAUCCUCUCUUUUGAAUCAGCUCAGCUAAUGAUUUAUUAAUUAUCCAUUUCUAUAAUUGAUUGUAGUUUCUUAUCCUUCAAAACAAAACGGGUUGAUUUGGAUUUAAACUUUGAUAUUUUUGUUUUCCUUGUUUGUUUGUUAUGAAUCUAAGAUGGGUCAGCCAAUUUUUUGUUCCAGCUUGCCAAUGCAAUAUGUUCUAAUGGAAUUAAUUUGGUUUUGAAUU